GAGCGUAGCCACCUGCCCGUGGCAUUAUAAGACAGCGCUUCACCGUCCCGAGCUAGACAGUCCUGCUCCAAGAUGGCCUUCAAGACUGUUCUAGCGGCACUGGCCGUUGCGAUCUUCGCCGGGCUGGCGGCUGCCGAGCCCGCUAAACCUAAUACUGGAAUUCAAUCCUACGACGUCAUUGACGGCAAGAAUCACCUAAUUCGUGCUCGUCGUGAGCCUUAUACCGUUCGUGUCAGUUCGCUCGGUGGUUCGCACGGCGCUAAAUCCCAGAUCGAGGCCUCUCUUGUCCGUCCUAAAAGGUUCUUCGGUCUUCACCGCCGCCCCAAGGUGAUCGUGCUCCACAGCCAGCCCUCGUACGUGCAGCCACCUCCCCAGGUGGUGUACAUCCGCAAGCACCACCGCAAGCACCACCACCACCACCACCACCACCGUCCUGGCCUCACAGUGCACCUCGGCUGAGCGAUGGUUAUGACGAAUAAAUGCACGUUAUUCUGCCCCGCGCGUUA